AUGAUAGUUGGUCAUGACUUUUUAAAUAUACAGGAAAAUGAAUACGAUUUAUAUAUUGAGGUAGAGAAAGUAUAUUACGAAGAAUAUGCAUCGAUCAUACGUAAUAUUGCAAUAACAGCAACUAGAGAAAUUUUUAAAAUUACAACUGCACAUAAAACAUACAAAAAGUGUGACCCAAUUAAAUGGACAGAAGGAGAUAAUUAUAUUCGUAUAAAAAAUUAUGUAUCGAGUGAAGCCAAUGUCGGUGUAAUAGAAAAAAACUCUGAUUUUAAGUUAAAACAAAAUACUAAAUCAGAAUUUGAGUGUAAUGAUUACACAAUGCUUACAGAUUUUCAAUAUUCAGUUAUAAGUAAACAGUGUCCGGAAAUUUUUGAAUUAAAUUCUUAUCGGAUUAUUGAUUGCGCUGAUGAUAUAAGUAAAGCCAUAGUCAAUGAAAAUUAUACAAAUUGGUCAAUAAAAUGCGAUAUUGAGAAUUAUGGAAUAAAUCUUGAGAAAUUGUGUGCUUGCGACAGAUCAUCUGAUACUAAAUUAAGUAUUCGUACUGUGAGUUUGAGAGAGCAAGUAACUGACAGCAGUGACAAUUAUGUUGUCACCGGCAUCAAAUUUACAGUUAAAGAUAAUAUGAUAACGAUAAACAUCCAAGAGGGACAAUUAGUCAAUGGUAUUGUGGAUCCAACGACUGUCAAAUGGAAAACCGAUCUUGGAAAUUUGCCUAAAAAUGGUCCGGAUAGUGUCGUACUCAAUUAUUAUUUUAAAUCAUUUGAUCUAGAUGAUAUUGAAUUACCGUACGGUCAAUUUGUCACAGGAGUUAAAUUCGAAUUAGUGGGUGAGAGUCAUCUUGCAUUAUCAAUAAGAGGGACCGAAAUGUGGAACAAUAUAAAAUCAUGGCCAUCAAAAAUUAGUCAAUGGCAUGUACCACCAGUAAAUUUAAAAGACGAAAGAAUUAAAAUAGACAUUACGGACUUUGCAAACUCUGCAGAAAUAAAAAAUCAAACUACAGAAUUGAGUCGAUCAAGGCGUGAUUACAUUAGUUUAUCUGUUGGAUUAUAUUCAAAUGAAUUCAAUAAUUUGGCAAUUAUUCCAUUUUUCGAUUCGCAAGAUGUCGUAACAGAACCACCAGCGCCACUUGGUGGGGUGGGAUUAUUUUACAAAAGUCAACUUGGUUUUGGCGGAUUUCUAUCAUUAAAAUACAUCGCAUCUGAGUAUAAUUACAAUGCGCAAGCUGAACUUGAUUAUUUAGAAAACCGUACAUUAUAAUAUACUGGAAUAUAUAUUUGUAUAAUUAAAUGAAUUUAAACAUUUCAAAGUUGAUGUCUAUUUUCAACGUUCUAUUGACUUAUGAUUCAAUUAUAUAUUGGGAAUUUGUAAUAAAAUGUUUGUGGGUUUUUUAUUGUUGAUAGACUAAUCACAACUACAAGAAGUAGUUUUUUUAUUUUAUUUUUUUUUAUAACUUACAAAAAGUCAAAGUACUCAAAUUCUCAUUAGAAAAAACAUCUUUUAUUAAUAGAUUUAAAACGUAGAUUUUUUUAAUUUUUAAAUACACAAUUGUUUUUUACAUAUGAAUAAAUAAAAAUAAAAAUUUUUUGAUCGUAAAGCACACUCUGACGCUUCGCAUCAUGAGUCAUGCAAUAUAUGUAAUAUUUAAUAUGUAAAAAAUUUAUCGGAAAGUCAGUUAGAAUUUUUUUAAACGAAUAGAAGAAUUUUUCAA